AUGAAGCACCUUAUCCUUACCGCCGCUCUCAUCGUCUCCCUGCAAGCUGCUACCACCCGAGCUGAUGUUUUUGAGGGCGGAACGGUCCGCUUUGUACCUGCUGGGGGUGUAUUUGAGCGCGAGAGCGUGAUGGGAAACGAAACGAUUACAAAAUGCAAAAAGGAUGAGAGCGACGGUGAGAACUGCGGAAAAUGGGUUGUUAGAGAGAAUGGCACGCUGCCAAUCGACGAGGUCGGCUCCGAGACCGUUUGGGAGGGAGAUGAGCUCGUGAUUUCGAAUGUACAGCUCGCUGACGCCGGCACCUACCACGAUCCGGAGGGAGCCAAGGAUCCGAAUGGCAGCUCGGAAUCCGCAUCUUCUGAGGGUUCCUCAGAAGAUGGUGACGAAGAUAAGUCGAACACAAUCGUGACGCUGAUCGUCCACAGCGGCGGCGACAUGGAA